AUGCUCACCGACAAGAACAUCGUCGCUGUGGCCUCACUGGCCUCAAUUCUAGCCAUCGGUGCUUGCCUUGUCGUGAUUCCAUCGCUCUACAAUGAAAUUAACGACGUCCACAAUAUGGUACUCGAUUCGGUGGCCGUAUUUCGUGUUGAGACCGACUCGGCUUGGGCAGAGAUGAUGGACGUACAAAUCACUGUCACCCCGCCAUCGAAACCUCGCCCGAAUCCGUUCCAAUCGAUCUUCCGUCAGAAGAAACAAGCCCUGCCGCCAUGGUGUAUCUGCGAGCCCCAGAGGAUCACAUGUCCACCAGGACCACCUGGCCCACCUGGACAGCCCGGACAGCCUGGCACCCCUGGACCACCUGGACAGCCAGGACGAGACGACAUGACUGUCUAUGCUCCUAUUCACUGCCCAACUCCGAGCCCAGCUUGCAUCAGAUGCCCGCCAGGACCACAAGGCCCUCCAGGACCCGACGGACCUCCAGGACAUCCAGGAAUGGACGGCAGGCCGGGAAACCCUGGACCUCGUGGAGAGAACGGCAAACCCGGGCCACAAGGUCCACCGGGUGAGCAGGGACCCCCUGGGCAUCCAGGAAUGGAUGGACGACCUGGACAGCCCGGUCAGGACGGACGCAAAGGCGUUGGCCGGCAAGGAAUGCCUGGAAUGCCUGGAGCACGUGGAGAGCCUGGGAAACCUGGUGCUCGAGGAAACGAUGGGGCACCAGGUACACCUGGGCAUCAGGGACCGCCCGGUAUACCGGGAUCACCAGGAAAUAAGGGCAUGGACGGUCAGCCAGGAAUGCCAGGAAUGCUUGGACGCCCUGGGCGAGAUUCAACCUAUUGUCCUUGUCCACGUCGCAGUGUGGCUCUCACACAGAAGAAGAAAAAGGCUUGA